AUGGCAGAUGUUGAGAGAGGAAACCAAAGCAACGUUACAGAAUUCAUCCUCCGAGGGUUCAGGAUCUUCUACCCAUUCCAGAUCGCUCCCUUUGUGCUGGUUCUGCUAAUGUACCUCACCACCAUGGCUGGGAACACCCUGAUCAUUGUCACCGUUCUGGUUGACCGAGGCCUUCACACCCCCAUGUAUUUCUUCCUGGGUAACUUGUCCUUCUUGGAGAUCUGGUACACAUCCAACAUCGUCCCCAAAAUGCUGCAAGGUUUCCUGGCUGAGAAGGGUGUGGCGAUCUCCUUCAGUGGCUGUGUCACGCAGCUUUAUAUCUUUGGCUCCCAGGCAGCCACCGAAAGCUUCCUGCUAACGGUGAUGGCCUAUGAUCGCUACUUGGCAAUAUGCAACCCGCUGCGUUACACGGCCGUCAUGAAUGCAAGAGUGUGCGUCGAGCUGGCUUCUUGCUCUUGGCUGGGUGGCUUCCUCUUCAACCCGGUGAUAAUGGCCUGGAUUUACAGACUACAUUUCUGUGGCCCUAAUGAAAUUGACCAUUUCUUCUGUGACUUCAUGCCCCUGGUCAAGCUGUCGUGCAGUGACACCCACCUGAUCACCUUAGCAGCAUUCUUGCUCUCCGCUACAGCCACCCUGAUCCCCUUCCUGCUAACCCUCAUAUCCUACGCAUUCAUCAUAACAGCGAUAGUAAAAAACCCUUCCAGCAUUGGGAGGCGGAAGGCCUUCUCCACCUGUACCUCUCACCUUACUGUGGUCAGCACUUUCUAUGGGGCACUGGCCAUUGUCUAUGUGGUGCCGACAGCCAAUUCUGCUGUCAACCUAAACAAAACAUUCUCCCUUCUCUACAGCCUGGUCACCCCAUUGCUCAACCCCCUGAUCUACUCCUUGAGGAACAAGGAUGUGAAUGACGCCCUGAGGACAAUGGCUGCUAGACUGAUGGAUUUUCUAAGGAAGUAG